AUGCAAGAAGCUACGAACGCUAUAUUUCAAAUGCGUUUUCCUCAAAAGUUAUGGUAUUUGCUAGAUUUGCAAACGUCUGCUAUAAUAUGGGGUGGAACGGGGCGAACUAUUUUAUUAAAUUAUAGGCUUUUGCAAAAUUACUUACAAUGUGAUCACUCCAUAUUUAAAACAACCAACAUUUCUAGUUUCAUAAGACAGUUAAAUUUAUAUGGUUUUCGAAAAGUUACGUCGCACCUUCAAGAUCCUCUGUGCAAUUCUAGUAAUCCUUACAUGCACGAAUUUAUCCACGAUAAUUUUCAGUAUGGCAGACCGGAAUUACUUAAUAAAAUUACUAGAAAGGCUUUGACUAUUAAAAGUAUUAAAAGAGGACUCAAACCAAAGAGCUUGGACACUUCGGAUCAUUUGUUAUACGUUUCGCCUCUGCAAAAAGCACGACGGGCUUUGCGUAUAGCAUUGAAAAAGGCAGCGCAGGAUUUGCUUAUACUAAAUUCAUCAAGACUUGACUUACAGAGUGAAGACUGUUCAGAAGAUAUUUGUGAUGAUGAAGAAAAUAUUGAAUUUGAUUGGCUUAUAACUAAGAGUGAUUCUUCAGAGAAACAACUAGAAAUUUCUAAACCAGAUGUUGAAACUCAAGUGGAAUCUGCUACAUCAAAUACUUAUGAAAAAUCUGCUCAAGAUGGCUUAAUAGAUUUUUCUAUUGAAAAUUGCCAACAAACCAAUGAUAACUUCCAAACACAGUUCCUAAGUAUGCCAGACUUGGACACAGAAUCUACUGAGGAUAAUUCUGGAGUGGAACUAUUGGCAGAGUUCAAUACAAACCAUGAUGUAGAUGGAGAUAUUGCAAAAAAGCGAAUCUAUAAUGAAUGUAAUUCAUUAAAUUGUGUUCUUCCUUCAGUAACUGAUGAGAUAGAUGAUGUUGGUGUGGUUGAGAAAAGUGAUGUGAAUCCUUAUAAUGGUGAAUGGGAUCAAAUGUUCAUUGAUAUAAUGGGUAAUAAAGGCUCUAGUCAAGAAGGUGUUUCUAAUUUAAAGGAUCUCUACUCUCAGAUAUCUCAAACUAUAGAUUUACUAAAUUCA